AUGCUCAACAAAGGUUCUGUUAUUGUAGUCGUUUUAGGUAUUUUAGGUGCUUAGAUAUUUCAGUAUUCGAAAACAGCAUAAUUUAUUUGGAAAAAUCGGCAAACUGAACAGUUCACCCAAAUGCAAGCGAAUUUGUUGAAACUUAAUUGCGACAUAAAUUCGGCUUGAACCACUGGGAAAUUUGGAACAUAAGUCUAAGCAAGAUUGUACAUUCAUCGAUUAUUGGAACUUGAGCGCGUAUGUAGCCGUGACCAUUUGUGCAGUUUAUUUUAGUUAAUCCCGCCGCAACCCAAUCAGGCAGUUUUCUCUUUUAUCUGAGUGCUUUCGUGACCCUGAAUGAUUUUUCCGAAAAAAAAUGGCAAAUGGCUCAUUUUUGGAUUGUUUUGUGCAAAAAAUGUAUCAUUUAAACACUGUUAAAUUUUCUGCUCAAAGACAUCGUCGUGCAGAAAUAUUUGAAGUAUUAUUUUUACUAUAACUGAGUCUCAAAUAUAUGGAUUUACUCCAGUUAGCGAUUUAUUUCUGGGAGGAUCGGAAACCUGCAAUUUCAAAACUGGAGUAUCCACCGGAAUGCACUCAAGGAACGCCGGUAGAUCUAUUGAUGAGCCGAACCUCUCGCAGAUGUGCCAUGCAGCGGCAGAAUAUCGACAAAAAACGUGCCUGGGCUUUUAGCUAAUACCUGUGCUCUCAAGUAUGGUAUACCGAGCAACUCACGCAGUCUGCCCAGUUGCGUUUGUUUGUGUGGAAUGGCGGACUAGCGGACUGAAUGUCAGGCUGUCACGGCUCCGUCCUAACUGGUCAGUGACAAUCUCACGCAUCUGGGGUGUGUGUGUGUGUGUGUUUUAUGGGUAGUGUCCCACAGUCGACGGCUGUUUGGUUAGUCCGCCUUGAAGGGUGACGGUCCAGGCUAAUGCAGAGCCACAUGCCACCCUUCUGGGCCUAAAGGUCUGCAAGCGUCUUCUAUGCCAGGACCAGCAAACCACGGCCCCUGCAGCCUGGUAUGCAGUGGUACUUCGUUAGUACCUGGUUCCCUGCAGGUAGAUGAACUCGCGCUCCCCCUGAGUAUACAGGCCGUGAGCAUGGCUGCACAGUCAUUAUCAUCCUCUAACCCGUUGUGGCGAUGUUGUUGUUGGUUAAUAUCCUGCUCAUUCGCUGUGUAGACCAAGGGGUGCGGAAUGGGGCGCCACCCACCUGCGCCCUCCCCCGCCUCCGGUCUUAUUGACUCUGUCUUAACACGGGGCACAUGUGGGGGGGAGGAGAGAGUGCGGUAGGUGCUGUGCAAGUCUACGCUCACCAUAAACUUAUCCACGUUCAGAUCACCGUGUCUGCUUCACCUUGCUGUGGAGCGCACGGUGGACAUCGUCGGAUUCGACUGUCGAGCUGUCAUCACCGUACAACUCAUGUACAUUUAGGAAUACAAGCCCGUUCCUAAAGAUUUUCGACACAUUUAACUAUUUGUGAACUAUUUGAGGCCUCGGUAGGAUUCGAACCCACGGCAUCAUGAGCAGGUCUUAAGUAUAGGCAACGGUCUAACCAUCGACCGGGAGGUGUGAAUUUAAUCACCUUUGGGUCAAGUUACUCCCCAAGUAUUCUGCAGCAGUAGGCUGAUUGCCCAAGCUGGAUUUCGUGAGCGAUCAAUCUGAAAUCCGCCAGAUGACAACCAAGCCCACUUAAUUAAUAACAUACAAUUUAUUAACCUACAAUACGGCCUAUUCCUAGCAACAUGAGCAUUUAUUGUUUAGACAGACAAAUGGGGUUGUAAAACUGAUCAUCUUACAGCGUAAUUCUAUAACAAUUCAGUUACUCCAGGAUGCCGGCUUUCGAAGAAAUUUUUUUCGGCUGCAUGCAAAAACCAUACUGUGUAAAAAGUGACGACUUAAGUAGCAUGCACUCUUCUCAUUGAUGUCGGUGUCCCUAGAAAUAAAAUUAUAUUCCACGGAAGUCACAAAUAAAAAUGUUUACUCUUACACUCGUUCGGUAGAAAAUGAUCUUCUUCCAAUUUUUUACUCAAAGAAACGAUAUAAUUCGGUUUUCGAAGAUCUUUCCAAUUCCCGAAUAAUUUGGAGCCCGACUUGACUUAACACUUGCAUACAUGGUUUCCAAACUACAAGCCAUAUAUUCUCCGCGUACAGAAAACCAUAAAUUUCUAUCCCGUAUUAAGGCGAGACUACAUGGGGCUUAUAAGAUUUAGCAGUAGAUUUGAGCCAUAUUAUUAACUUUAUAAGUCACACGGGUAAAUGCAGAGACGUGACAUUUUAUGAACGGUUUUUUCACGGUAUCAGAUAACCUCACAAUUGUAAACUUCUUUAAAAACAAGUUUUACCCUUCCCUGGAGUAUGAAAUUGUGAAAAGACGUCAUUUUCUACCAGAUGGAUAAAAGAAUGAAUAUUUUUAUUCAUGUUUUCCAUGAAAUAUAAUUGAAUAUUGAAGAGCACCGAAAAUCAAUGGGAAAAAUACAUGAUAAAUAAGUAGCCAUUUUUUACAUCGUAUGCUUUUUGCAUGCACCCGGAACGAAGUUCCUUUGAAAGCCGGCAUCCUUGGGUAACUGUGUUAUUACAAAAUUAUGCUGUAUGCUAAAUAGUUUUACAACCUUACUUUAUUAUUCUUUUCGAAACGAAAACGCCUUUUGGAAUUUCGGUUGCCAUUUCAUGAGUUAGCCCACCUAUUGUACUAUGUGACCUAUUCCUCGCAACAUGAGCAUUUACUGCUUAAACAGACAAACGGAAAAGAUGCGACGCAUGAGAAAAGGGUUCGGUUUGUUUUCUGACAUCGCUGAAAAUAUUUCAUGUAGCCUUUGCAUCAACAAAUGAACUGCCGUUUUUUUCUUUUUUAGGUGUCCCUGCAUAUGCUGCGGAAGCUGUUGCGGUUGCUAUGACCACAAUUGGUGCGGUUGUGGUUGCGGAGGCUGCUGUGGAUGCGGUGACUGUGGAUGUGGUGGUUGUGGUGGCUGUGGAGGAUGUGGUUGCGGCGGCUGUGGAGGAUGUGGCUGUGGUGGCUGCGGUGGAUGUGGUUGUGGUUGUGGCGGCUGUUGCUAGCUGGUGUACAGAUUUGGUAUCUCUUCUUCUCUUGUCCACUAUAGUCUCCUUCGCGAAAGCCUGA